GAGAGGAAGAGAGAGAGAGAGACGGAGUGUAGAGAGAGAGACGGACUGUAGAGAGAGAGAGACGGAGUGUAGAGAGAGAGGAAGAGAGAGAGAACGAGCGCAUUGCUGGCGCAGGGUGCGUCAGCCGUGGCUGGAGACAGAGCGAGAGGGAUAAAACGAGGAGUGCCGCCGAUCAUCAUCAUCAUCACCCUCCUCUUGUGCCCCUCGUCAUCUCCCACAUCAUCAGCUGCUGCUUCGUCGUCGUCGUCAGCUCCCCGCUCCUCCCAUCGCACGUCCCCACCCACCAGCGCGAAUAUGAGCAAGCGAUUGGUGUCCGUGGAUUAUGAAGUAUUCGGACGGGUUCAAGGAGUGUGCUUCAGAUCGUACACGGAGGAGCAGGCGAGGAAGCUUGGGCUGGUGGGGUGGGUGAAGAACACCCCGGCGGGCACCGUGGUGGGACAGGUGCAGGGCCCCGAAGACAAGCUGCAGGCCAUGAAGAGCUGGCUAAGCAACGUGGGCAGCCCCAGCUGUCACAUAAAGCGCACCGUCUUCAGCAACGAGGGGGAAAUCACAGCGCAGGACUUCAAGAGCUUCACCACGCGCUACUAGACGCCAGCCAGCGAGGAGGUGGGCGUUUGGCGGGGCUGGUGGGAGAGACGGGGAGGGAUAUACCUCUGCAAAGGGGAAGCUGGAGGAGGGCAUCGAGGUGGCGAGUUCGGCAAGGGUGAAAGUACACACGUGGUGUAAUCUAAUCGAGGUGUGCAGGGGUGUUGGGCAGACAUCUUUCGCGGAAAAUGACUACUCGAAUUCUCACGCGGGAAAUUCAGUUCAGCCACCCAAGUAGUGAAAUUAUUAAGAACGCGGGAUAUGGAGAGGAUUUAAGAAACUUGCACCGUUUCAAAUGCCCAGUGUGGAACGGCAAACUUUUUACUGCAAGUUCAAUGUACCUAUCAUGACUACCACAGCGAGUCUUUUGUGGAAAUAAGACAUCGCACCCACUCUCUUACGUACGUUUAGUAUAACCCAUCAACAGGGUCGCAGUGCCACAAUGCUGGUGUACCAUUGGUGUCCUCCAGCCAGGCAGUUGCUUUCGUAAGCAGCUGUUUGGAGCACUCCUUCCGAUAUUAGGAAGCCACUGGAGCUAUGCACUUUAAAAUCUAGUGAAAACACAUUUCUUUUAAACUUUUUGUGUGUAGUUUGUCCUUCCCACCGCACCUCCGAUUAGCACGGUUGGGUAUAUACGGUGCGUCCCCCUAUGCAACGGUUGGAUGUGCGGCAGAAUAGCGAAUGGUUUUGCUUUCAGUCUCAUUUUACAAACUGCAUUGCCCAUGUGAUGGAAGCGCAUGCAUGCUUACGUUUGGUAAAAACAAAUGUGAAGAGACCGAAUUCCAAUUUUAACUUCAGGUCUACCUUGUAUAAUAAAGAGACAGCGUCGUCUCAAAAGGGCUUUCGCCUGGUUAAAUGAUUCGAGCGAAUGAUAAUUAUUACGUGCAGCUGCAUUCGAUGCAGGCAGCCGAGAUGCUUAAUUAUAAUUAUGUAUCCCUUUGCGACAGAAACGAUGCCAAGCUUGCUUGUUAAUAAAAGUGGCUUACACAACGGUG